UCAGUUCACUUGCAGCGUUCGUGCGUAGUGGUUGUGUUGCUUCUUGUUAUUUUACGUAUCGCGUGUGAGUUGUCGCGUGUUCCCGCUCGUAGUGUUCGUAGUGGCUUGAGUGGAGUGUGUGCUUGUGCCCUGUAUUCUUUUUGGAGUGUGCUGCAGACGAUGACCGCGUGCGUUUGACGUGGGGAUGUAUCCGAGCGCGGGCGCAAUGAACGCGGCCGCAGCCGCCGCUGCCGUGGCGGCCGCCAGGCAUCCGGGUCCACCGCAGCCCGGACAACCUAUCAAAUUCACGGUCGGAGAAUCCUGUGAUCGAAUAAAAGAGGAGUUUAAUUUCCUUCAAGCCCAAUAUCAUAAUUUAAAAUUAGAAUGCGAGAAACUGGCUAGUGAAAAAAUUGAAAUACAAAGGCAUUACGUAAUGUACUAUGAAAUGUCGUACGGCCUCAAUGUGGAAAUGCACAAACAGACGGAGAUCGCGAAGAGAUUAAACGCAAUCAUCGCGCAAAUCCUGCCGUUCCUAUCACAAGAGCACCAACAACAAGUGGCGUCGGCGGUGGACAGAGCGAAACAGGUCACCAUGACUGAACUCAAUGCCAUUAUUGGGUUUUUCCCACAGCAACAAAGGCCAGACCUGCCGCGACUGCUGCAACAGAUGCAUGCGGCGCAUCUGCCCGCGCACGGCGCGCCGCCGCUGCCACUGCUGGGGCAAGGAGCCCUGCCCCCGGCGGGGUUGUUGGGCCUCGGCGUGCCCCAUCACCCCCUUUCCGUGCUAGCGAAACCUCCAGACAUACAUCGACCCGAUGACAAAGGAAAUGGUAUCAGCUCGGCAGAGGAGAGACAUAGAAAUUCAAUAUCUCCGGGUGAGAGAGAAAAGUACCGAACAAGAAGUCCCGCGGAACCAGACCACAAGAAACUUAAAAAAGAAGAAAAGGAUAUGGGUCAUGAGUUAGUAGUGGAUGACGCGAGCGAAGAGCCGACGUCGCCACACAACGGCGCGCCGUCGCCACGCGAAAACGGACUGGACAAACUACAGCCUAAGAAAGAACACCCGCCACAUAGCCCUAGGUCAGGAACAUCAAGUAACGCGUCAACGCCGUCAGCAAAAAAGUUGGAUGAGAAACCCAGUACGCCAAUUUCCAAGCCGGUGACCCCAACGUCUGGGGCCAGCGGCGUGGGGGCGGCGGGGGCACCGCUCAAGGCCGCAGUGAAGCCCCCAGCGCUCCAGUACCCGUAUUUGGGAAACGGGGCACAUGACGCGUAUGGACUCGCGGGGUACUCGGCGCGGGCUGCUUUGGCGUACGAGCCGCUGCGCCCGCCCAUCGGGCCGGCGUCACUUGCGCCGAUACCGGGUGGCAAGCCGGCGUAUUCGUUCCACGUGUCGGCGGAGGGGCAGAUGCAGCCGGUGCCGUUUCCGCCCGACGCGCUGAUGGGGCCGGGCAUCCCCCGUCACGCGCGGCAGGUGUCGGCGCUUGCCCACGGCGAGGUGGUGUGCGCGGUGACGGUGUCGUCGCCCACGAAGUACGUGUACACGGGCGGCAAGGGCUGCGUCAAGGUGUGGGACAUCAGCCAGCCCAGCAAGGCGCCCGUCAGCCAGUUGGAUUGCUUGCAAAGGGACAACUACAUAAGAUCAGUGAAACUGUUGCCUGAUGGGCGCACGCUGAUCGUGGGCGGGGAGGCGUCCAACCUCUCCAUCUGGGACUUGGCGUCGCCUACCCCGCGGAUCAAGGCCGAGCUCACGUCCUCCGCGCCCGCCUGCUACGCUCUAGCGAUCAGUCCUGACUCUAAGGUAUGCUUCAGCUGUUGUUCUGACGGCAACAUAGCGGUGUGGGACCUGCACAACCAGACGCUGGUGCGACAGUUCCAGGGACACACGGACGGUGCUUCGUGUAUCGACAUCUCAGCCGACGGCACUAAGCUGUGGACCGGCGGACUCGAUAACACUGUCAGAUCUUGGGAUUUAAGGGAAGGCAGACAAUUACAACAACACGAUUUCAGUUCACAGAUAUUCUCCUUAGGAUACUGUCCCACAGGCGAGUGGCUAGCGGUGGGCAUGGAGAACAGCAACGUUGAAGUUCUACACGCGGUCAAACCGGACAAGUACCAACUGCACCUGCACGAGUCGUGCGUGCUGUCGCUGCGCUUCGCGUCGUGCGGCAAGUGGUUCGUGUCCACCGGCAAGGACAACCUGCUCAACGCCUGGCGCACGCCCUACGGCGCCAGCAUCUUCCAGUCGAAGGAGUCGUCGUCGGUGCUGAGCUGCGACAUCUCGUCGGACGACAAGUACAUAGUGACGGGGUCGGGCGACAAGAAGGCCACAGUGUACGAAGUGAUCUAUUAGUGCGCGGACGCUAGUGAUGUGACUGAAGUGACAGCGACAGUGGUGAUAUAGCUUUAGUGUAUAGAGUAUAUUGGGAAGCCUGUAUGUACUUAUGCGACCUGUUUAUAUAGAUUAGUGUGCGCGUUUUUAUGUUUAUUUGUUGAGCGCCCGUAGUGUAUGUUGGCAGCAGAUCUCAAAAUGAUGAUUUCGUUUCAAUAUUGUUGUAAAAUGCUCAUAUUAAAGAAAAGAUAUGCGCAAAUUAUA